ACUCUCUCCCACUACUGCUUCUUUCUCUCUGUCCCCCAACCUGUCCCUGCUUUAUUUUUUGUUUUUAAUUUCUUAUUGUUCUCCAUCAUCUCGCAAGGACUCUUGUCGAUGAAACCCGACUGCACCUUGUGUCGCUCAGAAUAAUUGAGUCUGACGCUUACAGUCGCCGGCCAUUUGUCACGUUGAGAUCCAUCGAACAGCCAAAUGGAAGCUCCAUUUCCAGAUCUCUCCCUCCAAAUUAGGGCACCCCCCAGCAGGAGCAAGCACUGUGACACUGAGAAGAUCAGGAACGCCGAGCCGGCGUGGAGACCCACGUUGAGCCUGGGUCUCCACGCCGGCCAAGCGGCAAAAGCUGGUCAUGAUCCUUAUCAGGAGGCCAAGCGGCGGAGUAGCGGGAGGCGGAGCCUCCGCGCCCCGAGAAUGCGGUGGACGACCAGCCUCCAUGCCCAGUUCGUCCAUGCCGUGGAGCUCCUCGGUGGCCACGAGAGGGCAACCCCCAAAUCAGUCUUGGAACUGAUGAACGUGAAAGAUCUCACUCUGGCUCACGUGAAGAGUCACCUGCAGAUGUAUAGGACAGUGAAGAGCACUAACAGAGGAGCAGGUCGUCAUCCAGCAUUUGCAGGGGUGGUUGGAGAAGAAGGAGGUGAUGAGAUGGUAGUCAUGGCUUGCAAGAGGAGUAGUGCUGCAGGGGAAGUGGAGGAAGGAGUGGCACUGGCGGCAGAAGCAGGUGAUAAAGCUGGAGACGACGAUGACUUCCUGAUCAGCCAUGCUCCUCAUGUUUCUCCUAUCUCAUCAACAACCCCACCAAUGAGUAGUGUAACUGCAGUAGCACUACCAGACUCUGCUAGGCAUUCUCAGUUUGAAGUCUUCUUCCAGUCAACCUCUAAGCAAGCUCAUAGAGAACAGUAUCCAUCCGGAGAAGGGAGUGCAAAGAUACCAUAUUGGUUUCGACAAAAUUCCAAAUUUCACAAUAUUCUAACUCAAGAGUUAAGUCAGGCACAAUCUAUGGAUCAUGAGCAUGAUGAUUCAAACGCCAGAAUCUUAUCAAUUCUUCAUGGUGACAGUUACAGUUACAGUCUCCAUCUGUAGCUCUUCAGCUGCGCAAUGAGAAAGAAAGAUUAUGCAGAAAUCUUCAAAUGAGUCGAGUCGGCUCUUUCUGUGUUUGUGAGAUUUUCUUUUUCUUUUUGUCUUUUUUUGUUCCUUUAAGAUAACAAAUAGAAAGAAAAACUGGAUUGGGAAUGUUAGUGCAGCCCUAAUGGAUUGGUAUUGGCUUGCAAGUUAGUUAAAUCUGUAUGAGUAUCACUAUUUGCUAUAUAUAUGGAAAGUAAUCAGAACAUGUUACAGUUUCAGAGCUAUAGACCAAAGCAGUCUGCUAAAAUGGACACUGCAGUCUCCUCCCCAAUCCCUUCUGCUUGCUUCUGGGGCUUAGCCUGCCGGUGUUCACCUUCUCCCUUUUCAGGCUUAAU